AAAAUAAAUAUAAUUAGCCUCGGAAAAACACAACAUCCGAGAUCACCCGACACUAAAAGCCUCUCUCGAAGGUUGAACGCAAACUUUUUUAAAACAACGUGUCUCACGUUUUUCAUCAGGGGGAGGGUUUCUUUUAUUAUUAGUAGUUGUAAGAUUGUAGAAACCAUCUCACUUCCGCUUUUAGGUUUUAAGUUGAAGCCUCCAUAACAUUUCCACCACGACAACAAACCAGCAGAACAAAUCUGAAUCGGGGCAUCCUGUGGAAAAGCUGCUGUGGUCACAAGGUGAUUCCAACAUGGCUAUGGUGAAGAGUGGCUGGCUCCAUAGGCAAAGUACCAUACUGCGGCGAUGGAAGAGGAACUGGUUCGACCUGUCGUCCGACGGGCAGCUGGUCUUCUACAACGACCAGCAUCGGCGGGACAUGGAGGACGACAUCCACAUGAGGAUGGACUGCAUCAACAUCCGCAGUUCCGCCGCCUGUCAAGAGUUGAACCCUCCGGACGGGAAGACGCGCGAUGCCUUGCUGCAGAUCGUGUGCAGGGAUGGAAGGGUUAUCAGCCUCUGUGCAGACAGCGCAGAUGAUGCCUUGGCGUGGACUAUGGCGCUGCAGGAUGCCAGAAUUAACACGAUGGUCACGGCUCCUCAGGUGGGCUUUUCGCCGGAGGUGAUGGCCUCCGCUCCGCCGCCAUACUCGGAAUACGCCCCCCCGCCCCAGUUCUACACUCCAGGCCAAUAUGGCGAUUAUGUGGCAGCUUCUCCGCAAGCGACGCAGAUUGUGUACGCUGCCGAUGGGCAACCGUACGCCGUCGCCUAUCCUUAUCAGUACCAAGGUGGUUACGCCACGCCCGGCGUCAACCACGUGGUGAUCCAGGAGCGCCAGCGCGACAACGGCGGCGACGUGGCCAUGGGCAUGCUGGCGGGCGCGGCAACGGGUCUGGCUCUGGGUUCGCUCUUCUCCGUCUUCUAAAGUAGCUUGUGCGUCGGUGUUGGUCGACCAGAGCAAAGAUGUAUUCCAGCCCGUGGCGAUAUGCUUUCUUCUCUGCAUACGAAGCGUUCUUGAUGGUCCUAAAAUAGUCACUUAACCUGCGCACUUUCUCCAAUGCAUCAUGUGAGUGAUGGCCUCGCUAUCCUUUAGGCGUGUGAUGUUUGACGUGAACCGACUUAAACCUCCCACCCCGCAAAAAAAAAAAAAAAAAAAGGAAUCCAGUGGAACCUCCAAGAUGCUGGAUGAUUAAAGUGCUUCCAGAAAGCAGGCACAGCGCUUUACUUUUUUACUUUUUCCACAUUUACUUAUUAUGUACAGUGAACCUCCACAUAUUUGGAGUUUGACCCUUGUGAAAUUGCUUUUUUUUUCCUCCAGAGCCUAUUCUAUAUUUGCUGAGAAUUUCAACUAUUCACUUGUGGUGAAGGAAGUACAGUGGCAUCUACACAUUCACCAAUUUGCUGAUUUUCUGUCAGGAAUCCCUUCUAGAGACUUUUUAACAUUAUGAAUGGAGGAGAAUUUCUCGUAUUGUACUGGUCAUCAUCAUACUUUUUUGGGGGGGGGGGGCAUCACUGGUCACCUUCUGUGGUUGCAUCGCACACACCAAAAAUAAUUUUCAGGUUGAACUAUAAAUUGCACCACUUUCAAGGGGUUACAUUUUGGAGGUUCCAUUGUUUAAAAAAAAUAAUAAUAUGCAAACACUGUACUUUUUUUUAUCUUGAAAGCCAUAUCAUUUUUUGUGUUCAUUUUGUUUUGUUAAGUACGUAUAUUGAUAAUGUUAUCCAUUGGAUUUAUUAUUUUUUAAAAAUGUUUUGUGGUUGUAGAACAUGGGACAGUUUGAGAUGAUGGACAUAUGACAAAGUUUGCUCUCCUUGUGAAUUACUUAGGUCAAUCUUUUCGGUAUACCAGCUUACACUCGCGUUUUUAGCUUUCGUCCAAAGAAAGAAAAGUGUCCGGCGGGCUGCUUUGUGACAUCCUAUCUCAGUGACUUCCCAAUUUCCUCACCUAUUCUCAGUUGUCACUUCACUUUUCUCUGGCUGAGGCAUCUUGUGAAAAGUGACGUCAAACGUGACAAUAUUUUGUUUCUUACUGGCAGCUCCUGUCGAGUACGUUUCAUUUCAACACGUGUUUGAGCCGAUUCUGUUUUUGUCCAGAGAUCCGGUUGCGUUUCUGUUCACUUUUGUUAUGCGGUAUUACAAAGCACAUCAUUUCAAAUCGGUCCGAGAUUGACUCUUGAUCCGUUAUCAGUCGAAAUAAUCUAUUGUGAAUUAAUAGCACUAACCGAAGGAUGUUAAUAUUUACAAAUGCAAAUGAAGCUAAAUGUACUCACAUUUGAAUUUCCCUGCUCAAUGUAUGACAGUUCAUCACAAAGAGAUGUAUUUUAACAAUUAAAUAUAUUCACAAGAUGA